GUAACACAGAGACAUACUUUAUGAACAAUCAGAACUGACGUCUAUUUUCUCUUUCCCUCUUUCAACCCGGAAACUUAAUGCGCUGAGUCAUAGAUAAAAUCUUUCAGCGUGUUAUCAUAUAGAAAUGCGUUACAUAUCUUUAUUUCACAUCAACCAUUUAACCAUAACUUAGAAAUACUUUUGAUUCCACGUACAUACUAAUGUAAUAAUAAUAAUGGUAAUAAAACCGUGAAGCUAAAACAAGCUUUACAUAUGUGCACGGUAUGUGUACGAAUGUGUGUGAUAUAUGUCGUUACGAUUAAAGCUGGGCAAAACGGGUGAUUGCGUCAAUCUCAGAUUCAAUUAUUUUCACAUCGACGGAAAUAUGCUUUUCCUCUCGCAGGCCAAACGCAGCUAUGGGACGCAAACGGAACGUCAAAUCGUGCCCGCCCACGAUCAAAGCCAGACCGAAAUUCGUAUUACGGACACACGAUAACCGACGCGAGACGACUGCGCGGCGCAAACGGCGCGACAAGUUGUCCACAACGUUACAAUUACCCGAGAUCGAGCUCACGCAGCGAACGCAAUCCGAUCGAGUAAGAAAAACUAGACGACAUGCGGCUCGAGUCGGCGAUAUACCAUCAAGCGCCGUGUUGGUCACCGAAAUUACGUCGCAGGGACUGGUUGAUCGACAAAGCGACGGAGGUGCGGGUGCCGCCGGUCUCGCGAACGCGACGACGAUGCAGAGCAGCAACGCGGACAGCAACAUGGACCUGGCGACGGUGACGUCGAGCAACCCCGCCCUGGCGACGCCGGGGCUCAACAACCCCACCUGGAAUCGUCAGCAGGCGGUCAGCGUCAGGCACGCCUUCAAGAGCUACGGCAGCAGCAAGAAUCCGAACCAUGUCCUACAGAAUCUCAGCAUGACGGUGGCCAAGGGCUCGAUAUACGGACUGCUAGGCGCCAGCGGAUGCGGCAAAACGACCCUGCUGUCCUGCAUCGUCGGCCGGAGGAGACUAAACUCAGGGGAGAUCUGGGUGCUGGGCGGCAAACCCGGGACGAAGGGCUCCGGGGUGCCUGGGAAAAGGGUCGGCUACAUGCCACAGGAGACCGCUCUCUACGGCGAGUUCACCAUCCGCGAGACCAUGAUGUACUUUGGCUGGAUAUUCGGAAUGUGCACGGCCGAGAUCGUCGAGAGGCUGCGCUUCUUACUGCAGUUUCUUGAUCUGCCUUCGCAGAAUCGUUUGGUGAAGAAUCUCAGUGGCGGUCAACAAAGGCGAGUGUCGUUCGCAGUGGCUCUCAUGCACGAUCCGGAAUUGCUGAUCCUGGACGAGCCAACCGUAGGUGUGGAUCCGCUGUUAAGACAAAGUAUAUGGAAUCAUCUGGUUCAAAUUACCAAAGAUGGUAACAAGACGGUCAUCAUAACGACUCACUACAUCGAAGAAGCUCGACAAGCGCACACGAUCGGUUUGAUGAGGAGCGGCCAUUUGUUGGCCGAGGAGGCACCCAGAACUCUCUUGCAAAUGUACAACUGCGCCUCCCUCGAAGAAGUCUUCCUGAAGCUGUCCAGAAAGCAGGGACAGUAUGCUCAACCUACGACAGAACUGAAUAUCUCGAACAACAUCAGCUUGGCUUCUUUAAACUGGGGAAAAAAAGACGAGCCGGUGUACGUGACGGAGGAGUCCGGCGUUGUCGGCCUCAACUUCCAUCAAAGCAAAGAGGUCUUGAUCUACGACUCCACCAAUGGAAUAGCGAAUCAUUACGACAUAAAUGGCAAAUCACUGCCGGGUGCGAAAGCCAGUUCUGUCCUCGAAUGCGACGAUUGCGGCGACUUCACGGACUGUUAUAAGUUCACCAGUUGGGGCAAGAUCAAAGCGCUUCUGCAGAAAAACUUCUUGCGCAUGUGGAGAAACAUCGGCGUGAUGCUGUUCAUUUUCGCCCUGCCGGUAAUGCAAGUCAUCCUCUUCUGUCUGGCGAUCGGAAGAGAUCCCACAGGACUGAAACUGGCCAUAGUGAACCACGAGAUGUUUUACGAGAAUAUGACAUGUCCCGUUUCGACGAACUGCAGUUUCACGUAUCUCAGUUGUCGAUAUCUCAACUUCCUGGACAACGAGACAAUGAUAAAGUCAUAUUAUCCGGAUCCGGAAUCGGGGAUGGAAGCUGUACGCAGAGGGGAAGCUUGGGGCACUUUGUACUUUACGGAAAACUUUACGGACGCCCUGGUGGCGAGAAUGGCCUUAGGAAGGGAUGCCGAUGAUGAAACUCUCGAUCAAAGCGAAAUCAGAGUUUGGCUGGACAUGUCUAAUCAACAAGUGGGCCUGAUGCUGUCGAGAAAUCUUCAAUAUUCGUAUAGAGAUUUUGCCAAGGAUCUUUUGUCGGCCUGUGGACAGAAUACGAAACUGGCUGACGUACCAAUUCAAUUCAAGGAGCCUAUUUACGGUACCAACGAGCCCAGCUUCACGGAUUUCGUGGCACCAGGUGUAAUACUGACCAUUGUUUUCUUCCUGGCGGUCGCGCUAACGUCAUCGGCGCUGAUUAUCGAGAGGAUGGAGGGUCUGUUGGACCGAAGUUGGGUAGCUGGCGUAUCGCCCGGUGAAAUCCUGUUCUCCCACGUGGUCACGCAAUUCGUGGUGAUGUGCGGUCAGACUGCUCUGGUGUUGAUCUUCAUGAUCCUGGUAUUCGGCGUCGAAUGUAAAGGCGACAUCGGCUGGGUUAUCAUAUUGACGAUCCUUCAGGGACUCUGUGGCAUGUGUUUCGGAUUCGUGAUUUCGGCGAUUUGCGAACUCGAAAGGAAUGCCAUCCAGCUGGCUCUGGGCAGCUUCUAUCCCACGCUUCUUCUCAGCGGUGUAAUAUGGCCGGUGGAGGGCAUGCCGACGUUCCUGCGAUAUAUCUCGCAAGGUCUGCCACUGACGAUGGCGACGACCGCCCUACGCUCCAUGCUGACUCGAGGCUGGAGCAUCACGGAGCCGAAUGUCUACAACGGCUUCAUCGCCACCAUCAUCUGGAUCGUCGUGUUCCUCACGAUAAGUCUGCUGGUGCUGAAGUUCAAGCGCGGAUAAGGACAACUCGUAUAACUUCCGCCCUCGCGUUUAGACUGUAUUUUCGGUGACUCGUGAACAUUCCGCGACGGGUAAACAAUCAGGAAGUAAAUGUUCCCCGAAGAGGAACGAAUCAGUCGGGAAAUCGGUGACGAAUGUGCGUGUUCGACGGAUGUGACGUCGCGGCUCGGGAUCACGCGUUUUCCACCCCGGGAGCGAAGCGAUCCUUCGAAAACGAUCUUCUUCGUUCACCUGUUUCAUAGCUGUAUUAUAGCUGGGGUCAAAAUUAACGGAGCGUUAGUUAGGAAUCGUACAGAAUUAGCGGAGACUGUAGACGCAAUUGGAUAUCGAUGAUCGAGAAGGGCAUUGAAGAACCUCUACUUGGACCACGUCGUCCAUGAAGAAGUUCCGCAAUUCAAUAGGUCUUUCUAGGCAAAUUCAAGGGUCCUUUCUAUCUAGAAACGUAUAACAUCUGAAAAAGGUAUCUCCUACCUAAAAAGAGAAAACCUCUUUGUCCAACUGCCACCGUUUAAUCGAUGUCCGGCGGUACAGAGCAUUUUCUGGAUCUUGGUCGACAUAUAUCGACUUCCAGAUGUGCCGAGUGUCGCCAAUACGAUCUCGCAGCACUCUCCGCCGCGAAUGGACCUCCGAUACAUGUGAUGCUCCUGCGUGCGUUUUUAAUGUGCUUCUAAAGCUCACGUAUCGCGCGUGCACGCGCGUAUGUGUAUGACUGUGUUAUACGUAUGUGUGUGUGUGUGUAUGUUUGUAUGCGUAAUAGGAACUCUCAAAUAAAAUGUACGAUAAUGAUAUGCGUGAGACUGCCGCGUUUGCCUCGGUGCGUCUGUGUUUGAAGUCUGUAGGAAUUAUUAUAUUUUUUACUCGGCGUCUGUGUGUAAAAAUUAUCGCGGAUGCCCGAGGAUACCGCCAGGAUUCUCCCUGUGAAUCGAUCUUCUCGAGGAUCGCGAUCGAGGGAAAUAGAAUCGGCGCUUUCCAUUUACACGACUUUUACAGCGACAUUUCUGUCGAUCCGAGUUAGCUUCAAUACGAUAAUCCGCGGAAAGCGUGUAUCAUACAUAGAAAUUGCAGACAAUAUAAUGUCUCGAAUGAUUUAAUAAUAUUUUUUAAUUUAUCUUUACAGUAUAAUUUAUUAAUAUGAACAUGUAAAGAAAAGUAGGUUUCUUAUUUUUACGUAAAAACUGGAGUAUAUCCUAUAAAAUCUGCGUGUCGCAGAAAAGAGAAACUCGUGUAGAGUAAAGUGAUUUGACACGCGACGUCUCGAACGAAUGUGAAUUCUGUUUUACUUGUGCCUAAUUCUUUUUUUUUUUUUUACAAAAAAAAAAGGAAUUUCAAGUAAUUUGGCAGGAGGGCAGAAAUAUUAUAGAAAAAGUAAAAGUGCGUUUUGUAGCACUUGUGCGUGUCGUGUGAAGAAUAUUAAGAACGGAUAUUCUAUUCCCCCUCGUCGCGUUUAUUUACGUCCGGAAUACCGCGAAUAUAAUUUACGCGCUUGCAAUUAAGCAUACCGCCGCGUGCAUCGCGGACAAUGAGCGAUGGUCUACCAUCGCUGGACCGCAUAUAAUCCUCACUGGAGAUCGUAACUAGGUUGUCUCGAUGCGACAUUCUUACGAAACCACUUAUUGGAGAUCUGGUGAAGGGGACCUGGUAAACGUCAUCCCGGGAUUGAAAAUGGGAUCGUAGUUAGUAAGUUCAUGUAAGUUAAUAGGUAAUAGCUGGUUAAUCGUAGCGCGAUUUUACUUGCCCAUGACUUUUAAGUACGUACGUAUUUUAUUUAAUCGCAACGAGAUCGGAAACAGAAAAAAAACAGAAAAAAAAAUAGAAAGCGACACCGUAUCGAAAAUUUUUAUCAUUUAUAAUGAUCUGAUGUUAGCUCGAGAACUACGAUAACAUAUCUGUAACAAAAAUUAUCUACCACACGUGACAAUCUUUCAGUGUAUAAAUAUAAAUUAUAAAGAAUAUAAUUAUCCCCCUCAAGAAAAACAAUCGACGCAGAUUUAUGUAUAUGUAUGCUGCAACUUAUAAGAAUUUUUAAUGAUAAUAUUGAAUUUUAUAUGUAAAUAAAUUACAUAAUAUUGUGAUUGUGCGUAAAGUGCAAUUCUUACGUGCGGAUUAUUGUUAUGAAGAGGAAACUGCAUGCCAGCGUUUAUCAUUAACAACAAAUACAAAACACCGAAAA